GAGAAAAAAGAAAAAGGAGGAAAAGAUCCAAGAAAAAUCAAACAAACCCACGCCGAAAGACUGGCACCAUGAGGUCCAAAGGCAGGGCACGGAAACUGGCCACGAGUGAGCAGAAUGAAUUCCCGUCCUUCCCCACCGCUGACCUGGAGGACGUGGGGGAGCUGGAGGGAGACCCCGGGCCUCUCGCUCCUCCCUCAGAGGAGCUCACAUCGCCCGCUCUGUCCAGCGACACCGGGUCCCCCCUGCACCCCUCCCCCUUCCAGGCCCCCGCCUACACCCCCGAGGACAUGCCCGUGCCCCCGGACUUCGAGCUGCGCGAGUCUGGCGCGGGGUCCUCCGGCCUGGGCGUGUGGGCCCUCCGCAGGGUGGAGAGAGGGGAGCGCCUGGGGGCUCAGCCCCGGGACUGGACGCACAACUGGGAGGUCCUGGAUGAGUUGGGCCAUGUGAAGUUCUGCUCGAGUGCCAGCCAGCCUGAUAUCAGGAGCUGGCUGAAGCACGUCCAGUUCGCCCCGCUCGCCCACCAACACAACCUCGCUGCGUGCCAGAGAGAGGACCAGAUAUCAUACAGAGUGACGCGGGAUAUUGCCCCUGGAGAGGAGCUCUUACUUUACAUGAAGUCAGAGGAGCGUUCAUGUGAAGCCAUGGCUCCUGAAAUUCACGAGGAGAGACAGUACCGCUGUGAGGAGUGUGAGCAGCACUUUGAGUCUCGCCCAGAGCUGCUGGAGCACCAGAAGCAGCCCUGCGGGUCUCCCCACUCUGCCCUCUCCCUGGGGGACCAGAGCCUGCCCAACCCGGCCACCAGCGACCUGCAGGACCUGAGGGACCCUGUCCAUGACCUGAGGGACCUCCAAGACUUGAGGGACCCUGCCCAUGACCUGCGGGACCUGCACGACCUGAGGGACCCUGCCCACGACCUGCAGGACCUCCAAGAUCUGAGGGACCCUCAAAAACUGCGGGACCUCCAAGACCUGCGGGACCUCCACGAACUGAGGGAUCCCCAUGACCUGCGCACCCACCACCUCCCUCACGGCCUCCUGGAGUGUAAGGAGUGUGAUCAGGUGUUCUCUGACGCUCAGAGUCUGGAGGUACACACUCUGACACACUCAGAGGAGCGUGAGUACAAAUGUGACCAGUGCCCCAAAGCCUUCAACUGGAAAUCCAAUUUGAUUCGCCAUCAGAUGUCACAUGACAGUGGCAAGCACUACGAAUGUGAAAACUGCUCAAAGGUGUUCACAGACCCCAGUAACCUGCAGAGACACAUCCGGUCGCAGCACGUGGGCGCGCGGGCGCACGCCUGCCCCGACUGUGGCAAGACCUUCGCCACCUCCUCAGGGCUCAAACAGCACAAGCAUAUCCACAGCAGCGUCAAGCCCUUCAUAUGCGAGGUGUGCCACAAGUCGUACACGCAGUUCUCCAACCUGUGCCGGCACAAGCGCAUGCACGCCGACUGCCGCACGCAGAUCAAGUGCAAGGACUGCGGCCAGAUGUUCAGCACCACCUCGUCCCUCAACAAGCACCGCCGCUUCUGCGAGGGGAAGAACCAUUUCGCCACGGGGGGGCUAUUCGCCCAGGGCAUCUCGCUUCCGGGCACCCCCGUGCUGGACAAGUCCACCCUGGGCAUGGUCGGGCACGCCGGCGCCGGGCUGGCGGACUACUUCGGGGCGAACCGACACCAUGGCGGUCUGACCUUCCCCUCCGCUCCAACCUUCCCCUUCACCUUCCCGGGCCUGUUCCCCUCCGGACUGUACCACCGCCCCCCCCUCAUCCCCACCACCUCCCCCGUGAGGGGCCCCCCAGGUACCGAGCACAGCAAGAGCCCGCUCCUCACCCCCCUGCAGGGCACGCAGGGCGCCCGCAACCUCCUGAAGACGCUCUGCAGGGACAUGGUCCCGGACGAGCCCCUCAGCGGCGACGCCCAGUCGCAGAGCUCGGCCAAACAGAGGCGCGCGGGCAAGCUGAGCGACCAAUCGGAGAGCAGCGACCUGGACGACGUCAGCACGCCCAGCGGCAGCGACCUGGAGACCACGUCGGGCUCGGAGCUAGAGAGCGAGCCGGACAGCGACCGCGAGAGGACCGCAGAGGCCGACCGGGAGGCGGAGCGCGGGAGGGCGCGGGAGAACGGCAAGCCGCGGAAGAGGAAGACGGGGAGCCCUCAGAGCCCGCCCUCCGCCCCGCCCGCGCUGGACGAGCGCACCGCCGUGUCCGGCGCCGUCAACGACUCCAUCAAGGCCAUCGCCUCCAUCGCAGAGAAGUACUUCGGCUCCUCGGGGCUGGCCAGCCUGCAGGACAGGAAGGUGGGCGCUCUCCCGUACCCCUCCAUGUUCCCCCUGCCCUUCUUCCCGGCCUUCUCCCCGCCCGUCUACCCCCUCCCCGAAAGAGACCUGCGGCCCCCGCUCCUGAAGGUGGAGCCGCAGUCGCCCCCCUGCGACGCCAAGAAGAGCCGGAGCAGGAGCUCCGAGUCGCCCUUCGACCUCACCACCAAGCGCAAGGAGGAGAGGGCGCCUCCGCCCGCCCCGUCGAAGGCGGGGACCCCGCUCUCAGCCAAUCAGGAUCAGCCGCUGGACCUGAGCAUGGGCGCUAGGAACCGGGGCGGGCCUACCAAGAGGGAGGAGUCCAGGAAGAACCACGUGUUUGGGGAGGAGAAGGCGGAGGCGGUCACGCCGAAAGCGGACUCCUCGCUACAGCACGCCCGACCCACACCCUUCUUCAUGGACCCCAUUUACAGGGUUGAGAAGAGGAAGAUGAAUGAUCCGUUUGAGGCGCUGAAAGACAAAUACAUGCGGCCAGCACCCGGAUUCCUCUUCCACCCACAGAUGUCAGCCAUCGAGAACAUGGCCGAGCGUCUGGGGACCUUCAGCUCGCUGAGGCCCGAGGCCGGUGACCUCAUCCGCUCCGUCCCCAGCAUGUUCGACUUCAGGGCCCCCCCAAACACGCUGCCCGAGACGCUGCUCCGCAAGGGCAAGGAGCGCUACACCUGCAGGUACUGCGGGAAAAUAUUCCCAAGGUCUGCAAAUCUUACUCGGCACCUGAGAACCCACACUGGAGAACAACCAUACAGAUGUAAAUACUGCGACCGCUCCUUCAGCAUCUCCUCCAACCUGCAGCGUCACAUCCGCAACAUCCACAACAAGGAGAAGCCUUUCAAGUGCGACCUGUGUGACCGCUGCUUCGGUCAGCAGACCAACCUCGACCGUCACCUGAAGAAGCAUGAGAACGGAAACCUCUCAGGCACUGCCCUGUCCUCUCCCCGCUCAGAGCUGGACAGCAGCAGCGCCAUCCUGGAUGACAAAGAGGACUCCUACUUCAACGAGAUCCGAAACUUCAUCGGCAGCACCGGCCAGAACCAGCCCUCACCUGAGCCCUCUGAGGAAGGGAUAAAUGGUGGUCAGUUGGAGGAGGAGAAGGCUCUCAUGCCCAGCCAGUCACAGGAGCUGGAGGAAGAGGAAGGGGAGGAGCUGGGUGGGGAGGAAGAGGAAGCUGAGCACAGAGACACUUUGGGAAAGCAUGGAGACGAGCCGCUCCCUGCAAACCUGGACAAUGACAUCAUUCAUGAUGACAUCCAUUUUGAAGGACCAGACGACUUGGAGCUAAAUUGCAAGACUUCCCCUAGAAGAUAUGAAGAUGAGGACGAUCAGAACAGCUUCUCUGCUCUGGACCACAUCCGCCGCUUCUCCGACAUGCACAAGAUGGAGGAAAGCGAGUUCAGCGAUGGAGACAGCACCGCCUUCGGCCCGGCGCAUCUGCCCGACUCGAUAAAGCAGCCGCUCUACAGGAAGUCCAAGUCCCAGGCCUACGCCAUGAUGCUGUCCCUGUCGGAGAAGGACACGCUGCACCCAGCCUCCCACGCUCCCGCGGACAUGUGGCACAGUCUGGCCCGGGCAGCCGAGUCCAGCGCCAUCCAGUCCCUCAGCCACGUAUAACACCCCCCAACCCCCCUUCCCAAAAACCCAGACCUCACCCACCUCCACCCCGACCCACCAACCACACUGGGACCAAGUCCAACCCGGUAUCAGGGCCAAUGGGGACCGAGGCCCAACAAUGACUGCUCAGCAGAAUGCCUUACACAUCGCCAGGGUGGCCAGUCCCGGAAACAAACAUGCGCAAAAUAAAAGUCUUCAAACGAGUCUUUAAAGAAAUUGAGAAAAAAAAGAAUUGUCACCUUAAACUGAACGAUGACGUUAAUAGUGCUGAGGACGAUGCUGAUAACUGUAUUUAUUCCGUUCAAUGACUCUGUUUUUGCACAGCGAAGGCAGCUGGCGUUUAGGAAGAUCAGUGCGACACGGUGAAAUGCUAAUCGUGGUGAAAUGCUAAUGGGACUUUGUGAAUCGCAGAGGCGUGGCGAAGGCCAUGCGAACAGUCUUCCGCGCGAGUAUCAUGAAGUAAAGCCGACUGCGAGCACUCGGCCCGAUCCCACAGGAUCCUCCCCGUCCGACCUCCCCCUCCGCCGACCCCCACACCCCCCCUGCCCCCCUCCACAUGGAUGGAAGGCCAGGAGGGGCAUCCCUCAUAUGUGUGCAUAGCUUUUAAAAGGCAUCUGAGAGGGACACCCCAUGACCUCUCCGGACACAGAGAGGAGAGACGCCCUAACAAACCUGGGGUCUGAGUUCAUCUGAGUCAGGCACCGUUACCGAAAUGUUAUCCCAGCAUCACCGUUUAGGAGAAAUCAAAAGGAAAAACACUGAUCACUGAUCUCUUUUGAGACUAUAAGAACUUGCAUUGCUGUGUGUUCCUGCACAACUGAAGCACUGUCUAAGACUGCCUACAGACCGUUCUGUAAUGCAGCCUUCCCAUCACUCUGUGCAAAAUGCAAAAAAAAAUAGCAAGUACUGAACUUUGUCAUUCAUUGAAGGACUUCUUCUAAUACAAGCUCCUUGUACUCAUUCACUGAUGCCACUAAAUACCCUGAAUGCUAGUCAUUAGCUACUCCAUCUCCAUGUCUCUUUCAUUUUUAGACAAUCAUGUUUUCCUUUUUUUGUUUGCUGUUGAUGUUGUUCUUGUCGAUGUUACUGUGGUGUAUGUUGGGAAUUGUAUUUAUUUCUUGGCAAACUGUAGUUUGUUUACUGAAUAGCACUGCUCUUAGCCUGGCGAAGAGCCGAUUCCUCGCUGGGCCCUGUUCCAGAAGUCUGUGGGGUUUGUAGAAUACGUAUGAGUGCCAGAUAGUGUUAAACAUGCCAUUCACUCCUUAUUCUUCUAAUGAAGCUGGUUGAUGAAAUAGAUAUUACUGAGGGUCUUUUGUAUGACAAUUUAUUGAUUCAAUUGUAAAAACAAAAAAGAAUGAGAUAAUAAAAAUAGCAGGUAUUAUUUCCUCAUAACCGCAUGAUUGGUCUGAUUAGAACUGUACCUGAUAUUUUCUACGGUUGUGUGCAAGCUCGUGAGACGUUCGGUCAUGUUAAUCCUUCGUGCCAAACCUAUAAUAAAUAACAAAUUAUACACAUUUAUUUUCCUGUGUUGAGGCACCAGAUUUUUUGCUGUUGUUUUGUUUAUAAUCUCAUUUUAAAAGUAAUCGGCAAGUUGAGGUACUUUGUUUUAUUGCUUUCUACGAUGUAACUGUAAUGCAUUUCAAUACGAUGCUAUGAGGGGGGCCGCUGAGAAAUAAAAGAGUACAAUGUGA